AUGACUAGCUCGGCGGACUUUGGGAAUCCAUUAAGAAAGUUUAAAUUAGUCUUCUUAGGGGAACAAAGCGUUGGUAAAACGUCUCUCAUAACAAGAUUCAUGUAUGACAGCUUCGAUAAUACCUAUCAGGCUACGAUCGGAAUUGAUUUCUUGUCUAAAACGAUGUAUUUAGAAGAUAGAACAGUAAGGUUGCAAUUAUGGGAUACAGCAGGACAAGAGAGAUUCAGGAGUUUAAUUCCAAGCUAUAUUAGAGAUUCAACUGUUGCCGUAGUUGUGUUUGAUAUCACUAAUGCCAAUUCUUUUCAUCAAACUUCGAAAUGGAUUGAUGAUGUUCGUACUGAACGUGGCAAUGAUGUCAUUAUCAUGCUGGUUGGUAAUAAAACAGAUCUCGCUGACAAAAGGCAAGUCUCAACUGAAGAAGGCGAAAAUAAAGCCAAAGAACUAAAUGUAAUGUUUAUAGAGACUAGCGCUAAAGCUGGACACAACGUUAAACAGUUAUUUCGACGAGUGGCUGCCGCUCUGCCCGGAAUGGAAAGUGCACAAGAUUCAGGAAAGAGAGGAGAUCAGGUUGAUCUUCAGCCUCAUCCAACGGAUGAUACCCCUUCUGAAGGAGGCUGCUCAUGUUAA